AGAAGGAGAGAUCUUGUUAUUAAACUAUUCUGUCCCGUCUCUAUCCUACCUUUUCCUGGUCACCUGCCUUCCUUACUUCCUUACUGUGUCCUCCAGAGAUCACCCGAGAAAAGAUAAGGAAGACUCUCGAGAGAUGCCCCACAGUCCCUCAGGACCCGAGUCAGUGGUAAAAGAUGACUCUCCAGCAGCAAAUGACCUGGCAAUGGCCCAGGAAGUACCCUGCACACCUGCAAACAAGAAAGCAAGAAGAAAAAAACAUCCGAACUGGUCAAAUUCCAAAAGAAGACAGCAGAAAAAAAAGCCCCGUCAAGAUGAGAUGAUGGUCGUCUCACCAGGAGUGGCCUCACCUGGACAUGGAGUUCAAGAGAAGCUCAAGGCGGUGAGCAGGAAGACUUUGUGGAAAGAUGACUCAUCUACGAACGUGAAGGAGGUGACCAAGACACUGAGAGCAAGGAUGAGGUUUGCCCAGACAUCCAAUUCACAAGAGAUCAGCAAAGAGGCAUCAAAAACAAGUGGUAGAAAGAGGCCCAGCACAGCACGAAGAACCACACAAGGUGCAUCGAGGGUCUAAUGGGUGAAGAAUUCCUGAAGUCCCAAUGCCUUCGAUUCAGCCUGGUCCCCACUUUGCCACAGAUUACUCAAGUUGCCAUCUACCAUCCUCUUAUUGAUCCAUCUUGCGCUGCCAUCCAGUGCAAUUGCUCAUCCAUUCAUCUGGACCCAGUCUUGCCUUUUAGACUCUGCAGUGGAACUCAACUCUACAGCUCAACCAUGACCCUGCAGUCAAAUCCAACCAUGACUUCAGUGCCUGUCCAGAGGGCUCAGGGUCCUUUGUUAUCUCACCCUACAGACUCCUAUGACUUUCCAGCUGUCUCCCAACUCUGGCUUGUCAAGUGUUUGCCACCUUAACUCUUGGUAGCUAGCCUGUAAUAUAUAGAUAUAGGGAUAGAGGUAGAUAGAGACAUGUUACAUAUGACUUAUGUUGUUAGUAAGUUAUAAACUUAUUUUUAAUGUAUCAGCUAAGAGUUAGUAAUUAUGUUGGAAUGGCCUGUUUGCCUUGGCCAGGGUCAUUAAGGAAAGCAGAGCUAUCUGACAGAUGACUACCAGUGAAACCACUGCUUGUGGAUUUGUUAUUAUUCAAUAAAAUGUUUUAGAAAGACAUAAAUACGUUUACCUCUGUUUGUGACACAGCACGCUCACGACACCCUGCUACGCA